UUAGUGAAUUUAAUGAAUGUCACUUUUUGUCAUUUUCAAAUUUCCCGCCGUUCCGUCCCCGUACGUCCCGACGUCGCAGGGGACGGAACCCAGAAGACAGAUGCCGGCAUCUGCUGGAGGACAUUACAGGGGACACUACAGGAGGGACAUCACGGAGCGCAAGACAAGGUAAGAGAAGAACAGAUCCCAGAGCAGCGCCGCAUGGUAAGCCCGAGUGUAGCUCGGGGUUAAGGCUUGUGGUACUGAAAUUUUACCCCGAGCUACACUCGGGAAUACCGCCAGGAAGGCUCGAGCAGCCAUAGGGUGUUUAUUUACUAACACUGGAGAGUGUAAAAAUCUGGUGCAGCUCUGCAUAGAAACCAAUCAGCUUCCAGGUUUUAUUGACAAAGCUUAAUUGAACAAGCUGAAGUUAGGAGCUGAUUGGUUACUAU